AUGGCCCGAUGCCGCGAGUUAUGCAGCCAAAGCGGCGCGCUGCUGAUAUUGGACGAAGUGAUGACGGGUUUUCGCGUGGCUCUAGGUGGCGCGCAGGCCUUGUAUGCCCAGCAAAUUCCAGGUUUUGCACCGGAUUUAACGGUGCUGGGCAAGGUCAUAGGCGGUGGCAUGCCCCUGGCGGCCUUUGGUGGUAAACGCGCAGUGAUGGAGCAAUUGGCACCCCUGGGCUCGGUCUACCAAGCGGGGACUUUGUCGGGCAACCCGCUGGCUACAGCGUGCGGAUUGGCCACAUUGCAGCAAGUAAAGCAAGCAGGGUUUUACGAAGCAUUGAGCGCGAGCACACAAAGCCUGGUGCAAGGCUUGCAACAAGCUGCCAGCGCAGCAGGCUUGCCCUUUGCCAGCGACAGCCAAGGCGGCAUGUUUGGGUUUUUUCUGUUACCGCAACUGGCGCAAAACUAUCAGCAAGUGAUGCAAACCAACAGUGCGCAGUUUAACCAGCUUUUUCAUGGCUUGCUAGAGCGCGGGGUUUAUAUUGCGCCAGCUCUGUACGAAGCAGGAUUUGUCAGCAGCGCGCAUACACCGCAAGACAUAGAAGCCAGCGUAGCUGCAGCCGCACAAGUCUUUGCCCAAUUGGCCAAAAGCGAACAGAAAUAA